UCUUUCUUUCCUUUCUCUCUCUGUAGCUUCUUCCCUCGUCAAAGCUAAAGCUAAACACAACUUAUUGUUCAUGUCUUGCUUGAGUCUGGGAAAGAAGCUUCGACCCGCUAAGAAGGCGUGGAAGGGCUUCACCUCCGCACUCCAAAGAAAGAUUCACAAACUCAAGCGAUCCAAAGGCGCCAUCAAGAAAACCACAAGACGUCUAAACGAUACUCUUGCCGGGGUUCUAAACCGCUCUCCAUCCUUCCCAUCUUGCCUUCUUCAACGUAAGAUUAAGAAGCCAGUGAUCGCUCGAUCCACAAUUCGCCCUCACAAGCAUCACAAACAUCACGCCCACAAGCAGAAAUUCGCACCUGUAUAUGUGGAUCAGCUGUUUACAGCUGAGCACAUAUCAGUUCAAGCCGAGCACCUUAAAGCACCAACUGCAGCAACGAUAGUGGAGAUGAAGCUCUUCAAAACGCCUGCUUUAGCAGAGACGAGCAAGGCUGCAAGUGGUGGUGUACAUGUUCCUCCCAAAGGCGGCUCAGGGCAAUCUGUGAUGGACCUGAAGGAGGUGCCACAGCUUCGGGGAGUGGAUGAGAGAGCAGAGGAGUUCAUUGCCAGGUUCAAGGAGGAGAUGAGGCUUCAGAAGCAGAGAUCGCUUGGUGAAUACCAAGAGAUGCUAGCACGGGGUGUGUAGUGAA